GGUCUCCUUUAUAAUAGAAUUGGAUUUUUCUUAUUUUUUAUUUUUCCAUCUUUUCUCUUUUGGCUGCUUUCCUAAGACCUCUGUUUUUCCGAAUUGUGGAAAACUCCCGAGUUAUUGUCUUUCUUUGAUCCGAUCAGUCAUGGCCGAGAUUGCGCUCAAAACAGCACCUGCUGAUUUUCGUUUCCCCACUACAAAUCAAACUAGACACUGUUUCACUCGUUACAUUGAAUUCCACAGGUGCUUGGCAGCAAAGGGUGAAGAGUCUGGUGAAUGUGAGAAAUUCGCAAGAUAUUACCGUUCUCUCUGUCCUGGUGAAUGGGUUGAGAAGUGGAAUGAGCAGAGGGAGAAUGGAUGUUUCCCAGGCCCUCUCUAAUGUUUGCAUUGCUCUUGGAUGAUCUCUACUUCAUAUGAAGAUUUGCUUAUUUUCUCAAGUUAGUUGCAUGACAUUCUUGUUGGAUUUUUGUUAAUAAGGCGACAUAUGGGAUCUCUCUGAACCUUUUCUUUUCCUUUGGUGAAAUGUGGACAAGUUGUUCAUGGGCAAAGGCCCUGACAUGACAUUCAAAUUUUAAUGAUGUUUCGGUUUACUGUC